GAAAACAUCCAACUUAUUGAACAAGUUACGUGACUUUCUUAUCUAGUUACCCGACAAGCACGUCCUAAGAAGUUCGUUAAUUAAAUUCCUUGAAAAAAAAUUCAAAACUGGAAAAAUUGAAGAAAAACGUCUAGAAAGAGGAGGGAAAACCAUCGAUAGCUCCCGCACCUUUUGCUUCGAUCUUUCCAAAGCCGGCAACCACUGUCCUCGUCCGUCCGAUCCCCAAAAGCCACGUGGGCCCCCCCUCCGGUCAACGGUCAAACUCUCUUCUCCCUAUAAAUCCAUAAACCCCUUCGCGCACUGCGCAGAGACCACCGCCACCAUCACCAUCUUCUCUGCCUCCGUCUCCCAAGAACAUCUCGCAUCGGAAAAAGAAGAUGGACUGCUUCGACUGCCUGCCGGACUCCAUCAUCAUCGACAUCUUCAACGCCGUCGCCGACGUCAAGGCCCUCGCUUGCUGCCGCGCCGUCUCCCGGCGCUUCCACUCCCUCGUCCCCCACGCCGACGCCCUCCUCCUCCGCGUCGACCGGGUCCUCCCCGACCCGGGGCCCGACUCCCCCUUCCUCUCCCUCCUCCGCACCCUCCUCAGCUCCGUCUACCACUUACUCUCCCCGCACCCCGCCGCCGCCCCCGAGCCGCCCAACAACCCAACCCGGGUCCUCCGCGGGUUCGCCCGGAUCCGGGACCUGGAGAUCGAGCUGCCCGCCGGCGACCUGAGGCUCGAGAAGGGCACGGUGGUGAGGUACAGGGCGGUGUUCGGGGAGCAACUGCGGAGCUGCGUCAUCCUCGGGUUCCGCCACGGGCGCGGAGGGGGCGGGGCGGGGGAAGCGCAGGACGGCUUCGGGGAGGGGCUGAAGGAGCGGGUGGCGUGGAUCUUGAGCGCGCUGGCGGGCGCGUCGGCGAGGCGCCGUUACGUGGCGAGGGAGGUGGCGAGGGAGCAUGCGGGGCUGGCGCGGCUGGCGGUGAGGGACAGGGACGGGGAGGGCGAGGUGGUGAUGGACGAGCUGGGGUUGAGGGAGGCGGCGACCGCCGCGGCGGCGGCGGAAGCGGCGGGAUCACACGGCGAGGGGCCGAGGAAGCUGGUGGUGCCGACCCUCAGGAUGUCAAUGCGGCACGCGAGCACGGUGGAGAUUGCGGGCGGCGGCGGCGGGGUGCGCCUCGAGGGGCCCAUGCUGGUCGUCGUGAGGCCCGACGAGGACGGCGGCGCGGCGGAGGACGACGCUGAGCUGGCGCUGGAGGCGUUCGGGGGCGGAGCUUACGGGGAGGCGGUGAGGGCUUUGCUCAAGAGUAGGAGUCAUCAGCUGGAGAUGAAUCCUUUCUAAAAAAAUAAAAACAAGACUGUAUAAAAUAUGUAAUUUAAACAUUUUUUUCUUCUCUUUUUUCCUCCAUUUUUGGGGAGGCCAUUAUUCUUUCUAAUUAGAAACGUGUAAAAUGAUUAGUAUAGAGUGUCUUUU